GGGCGCCCGGCUGGGGGGGCGCUGGGUGUGGGGCGGCUCCGGGGCCGGGGAUGGCGGCGGCCGCGGUUGCGGCGGCUCCGGGACGAGCUGGUGGAUCCCGGGAAGCGCUGUGAAAUGGGCUGGCUCCCGAGCCAGCCGGGAGGACACUUACUACAGCUGCUCAGAAGCACCACUGGAAACUCAGCAGAUGUGGGCGCCCCAGCCAGAAGCAGAGAGGGGUACAGGGAAGCUACAGAGAAGCCCCUUCUGAUGCCCCAGGGAGCAAGCCGACUCCUUCCAGGCUCCAGGAACACCACAAAGCAAUAUGAAACCUGUUCAUGAGAGGAGUCAGGAAUGCCUUCCACCAAAGAAACGAGACCUCCCCGUGACCAGCGAGGAUAUGGGGAGAACUACCAGCUGCUCCGCUAACCACACACCCUCCAGUGAUGCUUCUGAAUGGUCCCGAGGGGUUGUGGUGGCUGGGCAGAGCCAGGCAGGAACCAGAGUCAGCCUGGGGGGUGAUGGAGCUGAGGCCAUCACCGGUCUGACAGUGGACCAGUAUGGCAUGCUGUAUAAGGUGGCUGUGCCACCUGCCACCUUCUCACCAACUGGCCUCCCGUCUGUGGUGAAUAUGAGCCCCUUGCCCCCGACGUUUAAUGUAGCGUCUUCACUAAUUCAACAUCCAGGCAUCCACUAUCCCCCAAUCCACUAUGCUCAGCUUCCAUCCACCUCACUGCAGUUCAUUGGGUCUCCUUAUAGCCUUCCCUAUGCUGUGCCACCUAAUUUCCUACCGAGUCCCCUCCUGUCUCCUUCUGCCAACCUUGCCACCUCUCACCUUCCACACUUUGUGCCAUAUGCCUCACUUCUGGCAGAAGGAGCCACUCCUCCCCCACAGGCUCCCUCCCCAGCCCACUCAUUUAACAAAGCUCCCUCUGCCACCUCCCCACCUGGGCAAUUGCCACAUCAUUCAAGUACUCAGCCGCUGGACCUUGCUCCAGGUCGGAUGCCCAUUUAUUAUCAGAUGUCCAGGCUACCUGCUGGGUAUACUUUGCAUGAAACCCCUCCAGCAGGUGCCAGCCCAGUUCUUACCCCUCAGGAGAGCCAGUCUGCUCUGGAAGCAGCUGCUGCAAAUGGAGGACAGAGACCGCGAGAACGAAAUUUAGUAAGACGGGAAAGUGAAGCCCUUGACUCCCCCAACAGCAAGGGUGAAGGCCAGGGACUGGUGCCAGUGGUAGAAUGUGUGGUGGAUGGACAGUUGUUUUCAGGUUCUCAGACUCCACAGGUGGAGGUAGCGGCACCAGCACACCGGGGGACCCCGGACACCGACCUUGAGGUCCAGCGAGUGGUUGGCGCUUUAGCUUCUCAGGACUAUCGUGUGGUGGCAGCUCAGAGGAAAGAGGAACCCAGCCCCCUCAACCUAUCCCAUCAUCCCCCCGACCAUCAGGGUGAGGGGCGAGGGUCAGCCAGGAACCCUGCAGAGCUGGCAGAGAAAAAUCAAGCCUGUGGGUUCUACCCUCAGUCCCAUCAGGAACCAGUAAAACAUAGACCUUUACCCAAAGCAAUGGUUGUAGCCAAUGGCAACCUGGUGCCCACUGGAACUGACUCAGGCCUGCUGCCUGUGGGCUCGGAGAUCCUGGUAGCAUCAAGUCUGGACGUGCAGGCCAGAGCCACCUUCCCAGACAAAGAGCCAACGCCGCCCCCUAUUACCUCCUCCCACUUGCCUUCCCAUUUCAUGAAAGGCGCCAUCAUCCAGCUGGCUACGGGAGAGCUGAAGCGGGUGGAGGACCUCCAGACCCAGGAUUUUGUGCGCAGUGCCGAAGUGAGUGGGGGGCUGAAGAUUGACUCUAGCACGGUCGUGGACAUUCAGGAGAGCCAAUGGCCUGGAUUUGUCAUGCUACAUUUUGUGGUUGGUGAGCAGCAGAGCAAAGUGAGCAUCGAGGUGCCCCCUGAGCACCCCUUCUUUGUAUAUGGCCAGGGUUGGUCCUCUUGCAGCCCUGGGCGGACGACACAACUCUUCUCUCUGCCCUGCCAUCGGCUACAGGUGGGAGAUGUCUGCAUCUCUAUCAGUUUACAGAGCUUGAACAGUAACUCAGUUUCUCAGGCCAGCUGUGCUCCCCCAGGCCAGCUGGGUCCCCCCCGAGCAAGGCCUGAGAGGACCGUCUUGGGACCCAGAGAGCUAUGUGACAGUGAGGGGAAGAGCCAGCCGGCAGGAGAGGGCUCCCAUGUGGUAGAGCCUUCCCAGCCUGAGCCUGGUGCUCAGGCCUGCUGGCCAACCCCGAGCUUCCAAAGAUACGGCAUGCAAGGGGAGGAGGCACGGGCUGCGCUGCUCCGUCCCUCUUUCAUUCCACAGGAGGUAAAGCUGUCCAUUGAAGGGCGUUCCAAUGCGGGAAAAUGAACCUCUUUCCCAGACCAGGACUGGGGCUUUACCCCAGAGCCUUGCCUCGCCGCCGUGAGCAGGCAGAGGAUUUGCACACGCCGAGCAGGGAAUGGCUUUCUUGGCAGUGAGAUUUGGGGGAAAGGGGAGGCAUGAAGUCAGCCUCCCAAGGCAGGAUCUGUUGCUCAUUACCCCAUGGCGUCCUUUCAGGACAACCCCAGAGGGUGUUGUGAUGGGGAGCAGCAGGCCUGGGGCAAGGAAGGAAGGGGGUGCACACAGGAGAAGAAACAUUCCAAAAUCAGGGCCUCCCUGUUCUUUCCUCCCCAUCCCUAGCUCCUGCAAGAGAAAGUCCAGGCUUUGGGAGCAGAUGGCAGAGGGAGGGAGUAAAGAGAGCCAAAAAUGAUGAUCCACAGCUUAUAGUAGCAGUUAAACUGUCAGAAGUUUUUUUUCUUUUUUGUGGUGGAAGGGCAGGAGGCCCCAAGGUUGGAAAUAAGAGGGUUCCCACCCAGAACCCUUCUUGUGAGAGAUGCGCACUUUAAAGGGUGAUUUUGUUCCAGAUGUCUGUGGCUGAGUGUGUAGGGGAGGAGCACUCUGAUCUACAGGACUCUGCUUGAUCCUCUGCUUCAUAGCUCUUCCCCAUCUCUCCUCACCAUUCCGCCUACAAGGCUUCUAGCAGCACGGGGGCCCAGAGGGAGAGCCCCUUCAGGGUUCAGAGUGAAGUACUACCUUGCCAGGGAUUAAGUCAGCGGACUUUGGGAGAGAGACUUGAUAGCCAGGCUGACUGGGUUCUAGGCAGGGCCUCUGGAAAGGUAGCUCACCUAACAAAGCUCCUCCAAUUCAGCAUGCCAGACUCACUUUGAAAUCUCACAGAAUCUUGCUGGUAAUGGUGACUUUAGAAAGAAUUAGUAGACCCUUUUUUCCCAGGCACUGAUCCCCCACCUUUGUCUGUGUUGUGCCUAAGUGCCUGCGCCGCCCCCACCCUCCUGCUGCCCUGACCUCUGCAUGGUGUUGUGACCUGGGCCUCAUUUGUAGCUGCGCUGCCUUUCCUUGUCUGCAAAGUUGGUUUUGUCCACUCUGACCAAGACCUCUAGUUUUUGGUGGGUAGGGGUCUCUCUGGUUUCCCCUUCAGCUAUAAUCUCUAUUUUUAAAAUCUCAAAAUCAUGUCCCCUCCACUUCCACUGCCAAACAGCUUGGUGGAGAAAGAAGAAGGGAACUAUGCCCUGGGCCAGGGCAAAUGCAUGGCUGGGCAGUGCCCAUCGUAGCAUUUUCACACGUCCCAUAUGCCCCUCACAUCUUGUUCCACUGCUUCUCCCGGCAUUCUGGUGUCUCCAAUCCAUCCCCUCCCACCACCAGCUCUAAGAUUCUAGGAUAGGCUUGAUAACAUUUCAAUACCUGAAUAGAUGUCAUUUUGUGGUGGUAUAUUCCUCUGCAAAAAGUAUUUUCAAUCUUAGUUGCAUUUGCACCCCCCCCCCAGCCCCCGCCAAUGUCUUAAUCCCACAUUUUCUUCACAACUUUUAGCAUCAGCUCAGACCGUGGGGUUCCAUUGGGUAUUGGGAAUUAGGCUCCCCCACUAGCUUUCAGGUGGGUGAGUUUUUUUGUUUGUUUUUUGGGGGUCUUUAGACUCUUGAAGGCAACUCAGGGUAUUAUCCACCCAGCUCUCUGGUUAGACUUCUCCCAGGCUGUGAUCCUGGCAUGUCCUUUAUAAGGUGUACUUGGAUUGGCCGAGACCUGGCCUGGCAUCAGGAGUCCAAACCUCUGAGGUCUGAUGUCUGCUCUGUCAAGGACUUUCGGCAAGUCUCGUGACCUCUGGCUCUUUCACUUCCUCCCCACCUGCCAAAUGGGGAUAAAUAAUCUUACCUACCUCCUGGGGGGAGGGGAAGUUCUGAGAAUGGAGUCAUUCUUAGUGUUCAGGUGCUAAAGGUUGUUCUCCUGGGGGAACAGAGUGACUGAAACUGGCUUGUUUGCUACAAGCCCUACACUCUUUCAUUCCUUGAAAGCAGUUGCCUGGUCAGUCAGCUUUUGGGGGUCCAUCAAAGGAAGCUGCUGACCUGACCACGAGUGCUUCAGUAUCUGGUUUGUAUCAGAACCAGACACCAACUUCGUACUGCAUUUGGGAUCAUAUCUUUCCCCUUCUCUGUCCCCCAUUCUCUGAAUGCUGCUUUCUCUGGCUUGUUUCCUACAGUGGGGGCCUGUGGGGUUGAGUCUUGAGGAAUCUCCUCAAAUGAGAGCCUUGGGAGAAGGCCUCAUCUCUGGCUGUUUCAUGAGCAACUCAUUCCUAGAGUUCAUUGUUUGCACAAGUUUCUCACAAGCAUCCUUCCUCAUAGGAAGGCUCAUCAACUGAAUUUAGUGACAUGUACACAGAAGAUGCUCAAGCAGUGUCUGCAAGGACACAAGCUGAGCUUUCUGCUUAUGGGGCAAACCUAUAUCUAACCAGAUACAGACCAAUUAGUUUAAAUCAAAUCACGCUCCACUUGGGCUACUUGUGACUUUGCAACCUGGUAACUUCCACGGAAUUCUGGAAAGAGAAAUUCUUGAGGACCCUGGCAGGUUGGGCCCUGACCUUUCUGUUGCUGCUCCUGUUCUGUCUCUUGCUGGUGAAGCAAUACCAGCAGCUCCUGUAAUAUCACAAUAUCGUUCCAUGCAUAUAUAACAUAUUAAUACUUGAUUUUGCUGAGCUGCAAAGGUAUCUUUCAUAAACUAUGGUCCCCAGGAAAAGCAGCUCUGUGCUCUAAAUCUCGGUCAGAGCUGUGGCCUUCCCCUUGCCUUUAACCUCUAGUUUAGUCUUUUCCUCCAGGCAUGAAAAAUAUGACUAACCUGUGGUGUGUCCAUUCUUCCUUAUAGGAAUUUCCUGAGUUUGCAGGAGACAUGAGAGCAGUUUUUAGAGAGUGAGUAUUUUAGUGGAAAGUUGUCAACUUUUUAGGAAUGAGCAGUUGACGAGGGCCAGAGCCUGUCUCUUGUCAGCAGUAGGACGUUUCCAGCUCUUAGGAAUAGAAAGGAGGACUGCUGACUGUCUGGCACUGUAUAAAAAUGUGUAUACCAAUUUGGGAAUAGGGGAACCCAGUCAUGGAUGGAUAAUAAGCCAAGUCUUGAAUCAUUCCUAUCAAGAUUAGUACACAUGAGGAAGAGGUGGCAUGGGGGGAAGGGGAUCUAGGAGUUCAGAGCUGAGUGCUUGUACCUGAGGGGAGGGGCCUCAGCCCAUCUGGGCUGAUCCUUCUAUAUUCUUGGUCCCAGUUGGUCAUACCACCAAGGGCUUUGCUCUGCGCUGCUUUGCCACUGCUGCUGUCCGCUCACUGUCCUGCCUGCUGCCCUCUACAGCUCCCUAUCCUCCAUGUCUUUGGCCAUGUAGAUUAAGUCUAGGCGUCCGGUUCAUUCUUACCUGUGUUAGGCCACAUUAUUUUAUAGCAAAGUCAUGUUGAAUAGGGAUGGUAUGAAAUGCUGCUGGUGGACUGGUGAAUCCAAAGGGAUAUGGCUUCAGUGCUGUUGGGAGCCUUUUGGCUCCAAAUGUCUGACUAUCUUGAGGGAGAAACAAGCAGGUUUCUACUAGUGGUGUCUUCUGUUGUAUUAACUUCUUUCCUUUGUGGUAUCUUGUAUCCUGUUUUAAAAACUAAAUGAAGGGAACCACAUUAGGGGCCCAUGCCAGCAUCCCAGUGAAGUUCGUCCAGCUCCAGUUAGGUGGAUUCUGGAGUUUGAAGAGGGUUUAAAGUUUGGCUGAAAUAGCACCUCAAGUGGGGUUUAGUUUUAUUUUUACUGGUGGGCAUCAUGAGCGAUUUAGGGGGAAGCACAGGAUGGUGGUGUGGUUUAAACCUGCAGCAAGCAGGCAUAUUGAAGAGUUGAGUGAUCACACUGGAGAUGAAGGGUUGGACAUGGAUUGACUGGGAAAAGGCCUGGGUCCGUUGGAGUAAAGACAACUUUACUUUACUGGUUGAUUGAAUUGGCCAUGGGAAGUUAGGUCACAGUCUUAUAAACAAAGUAAAUAGGACAGAGACUAAGUUUUAGGGAGACAUCUUGGCCUCCUAGGCUAAGUUUACUAAACCACACUGAAGCUACAGUACCUUCCAGAUGGGCAAAAGUGUACACUACAGUUGAGGAGCUGAACCUUAUUAGGUUGGAUGUUGAUCAGGAACCUGUUUGCCCUUUGCUGGGAAGCCUUCACCCUCCAUCUUCCCUGGGGUAGGGAAGGUCUCCCACAUUAUGCAAUAAUAAAAUAAGCAUCUGGGUCUUUGCAGCUGUCAGUUGCUCUUUCAACUCUAGGAUCCAUCUUUGGACCAGAACCCUGGUCUGGGCCUAUGAUGACACUGGCCCCAGAGAUGCUAGAGUCGACUGCACUCUCUCCUUAGCUGCAGACUAUGCACAGUGCCUGGGGCGGAAGGAGGAAAGGUGUUGGAGUUUGCCCUGCUGCCUCCCCAGCAGGAACAAUAGUCAUAAAUGCACUUUUCACACUAAAGGUUUCUUUAUUAGUUCUCCAGUUAAACCUAGAUCCCCCCUGGUAGAUUGCGAACUCAAAGUCUUUGUGAUCCCAAAGCCAUUCCACUGCAAAUGCCCAGCAGUGAAGAUGGCCUCAAAUUGGGUUCCUGCCUGCAGUGUGUGUGGCAGCAGCCCAUGUGCCUUUACCUAUUGUCAAACUUGCAAGCAUUUAUUUGUCUUUAUGACUGUCAUGGGGACUGAGGUUCUUCAGAGAGAGAGAGAGUGAGCUGAUGACACAGUGGUUUUACACCCACCCCCUGGACAGGGAGUUUGCACGUAGUUGUGAGCUGUGAGUGGUUAGUGCAUUGCUGGUAUUGCUGAAGGCAGGGUUGAUCCCUCACUUGAUUGAUACUUGCAUUCAAGAGAAUCUAGAUUGUGUUGGGGGAGGGACUGACUGUACUCAUGGCUAACUUAAAGUAUUAAAAUAAGGCUGUCCCCUACAACCUUCUUAGUCACACAGGAUCCCUGUAGCCAAAACAGUAUAUGAUCCAGCUGCAGAGAGCAGACUGCUCUCAGCUUGCACAGCACCUUAGGCGAGGGAAGAAUAUAUGGAUAGGGAAUGGGGUGGAGAAAGGAGGAUGGGAAUGUUGUCAUCCAGGUGGCUUUAGGGUCCUAAGGAGUGGAGAAGGAUGGCAAUGGGGAGGUCUGGAUGGAUCUGUGUAGGAGUUCCCUGUAGAUAAAUUACUGAUCCCCCAUCUACUAUCCCCAGUAUGUAAUGGCUGAAUUAAUAUGUAAUCAACUGCAUUGUAUCUAAAGCCUUAGAACUAGUCAGGUGCUCCCUCCACCCAAUACCAUUUCUUACCCUCUAAUCCUACCUGAUCUUUAACAAAGCAUUAAUAAUUCUAAGGAUAAUCUCUAUUUUGUUGUGCUUUUUUGUAACUGUUUUAAAUAAAUCAAUUUGUACUGUAUAUUUGUACUUUUGUGAGAUCCUUUUUGCUGUUUUACCAUUUUAAGUCUCUGUACUUGGCUACACACAGAUUGUAUUUUUAUUGUUAAUGCUCUUCUUAUGGAUACCUGCAUUUAACUUGUGGACUAUGUAAACACAAUAUCUAUCAAUAUCUAUAUAUCUAUAUAUCUAUCUAUAUAAACUACUAGCUUUUC